AUGUCUUCAGAGCAAGGGGCUCCCGGCUCCAAUGGAAGGCAGGGCGAACUGGGCUUUGAUUCGGCCCCAGAUACACCCCAGCAUCUUCCUGCAGGAUCCGAAUCUGUCUCCGGAACCACCACGCCUCAUAACCCCUCACAAGCAGCGAAGCAUGCGAAUUCGAGCAGUGAAUUGCUGCGUCGGCUGAGUUUGAAGGAGGUGCUCACCAUGCAACAAGCCGACCUCCAAAAGCAAUAUCCAAGCCUCAACCUCACGGGUCGAAUCAUAAGCGCUACCUUUUGUAUUCCGUACAGGCUUUACUUCCAGCCAGGUCGCGACUGGGAACUGAAACCUCGCCCCGGGUCCUCCGCCUUAUUUGACUCAUUUGCAUAUAUAGCUUCUGAAAAGUCAAGUUGGUCUCACACGCUUGUUGGUUGGACUGGGGAAGUGGAACCCAUACAGGAAACAGUCUCGCCUCUACAGCAACUCCGGACGAAUCCUGAUGCAAAGAUACGCACCUCGAUUGAUGCCACAGCGGGUGCGCUAAACAUGGGAUCAGCACCUCUGGUCCCUGAUACUAGCAAACUACACCCCCAAAACGCUGCCCCAGAGCCCUUUGCGGUGAGCCCCAAUGAUCGGGAGAAGCUAGAGGGACAAUUGAGUUCAAGUCGCUACGGCAAAAUCGUGCCCGUUUGGCUCACCGAGGAGUCCGAAGCCCCGCAGGAAACGGUACCCCUAGAAAACCAGAGCAGGUGGAGACGAUAUGCUGAGAAGCAACUAUAUGCUCUGCUACAUUAUAAGCAGAACGGUCCCACAGAUGGUAGAUUCGAGCGCGAGGCGUGGGCGGAUUAUGUCCGGCUGAAUCGGCUUUUCGCAGAGCGAAUAAUCCAAGAAUACAAGGAAGGGGACAUCGUUUGGAUACACGAUUAUCACUUGUUCUUGUUGCCGAGCAUAUUGCGGCAGCAUAUCCCAAAUGUCCACAUUGGAUUUUACUUGCACUCACCGUUCCCUAGCAGUGAAUUCAUGCGGUGUCUCGCCAAGCGAAAAGAGGUUCUGACAGGCGUUCUCGGAGCAAACAUGAUCGGGUUUCAGACAUUUUCCUAUUCUCGCCACUUUUCAUCCUGCUGUACCCGUGUUCUAGGAUUCGAGUCCAACUCUGCUGGCGUGGAUGCCUAUGGAGCGCAUGUUGCUGUGGAUGUAUUCCCUAUUGGGAUCGAUGCCGAAGCAAUACAAAAGGCGGCCUUCGAGAAUGAAGACACCGAACGGGCUGUCGAAGCACUGCGGGAGCUGUACGCAGGAAAGAAGAUUAUUGUGGGCCGUGAUCGUUUGGACAGUGCUCGUGGUGUAGCCCAGAAGCUGCAGGCAUUUGAGAUGUUCCUCGAACGAUUUCCUGAGUGGCGCGACAAGGUUGUGCUCAUUCAAGUCACCAGCCCCACCAGUCUUGAGGAAGAAAAAGAGGAGAGCAAGAUUGCAAGCCGGGUCUCUGGCUUAGUGUCUACUAUCAACGGCCGCUUCGGAUCGUUAAGCUUCUCUCCCGUCAAGUACUACCCCCAAUAUCUAUCUCAGAGCGAGUACUUUGCCCUACUGCGGGUAGCCGAUGUCGGUCUGAUUACGACGGUUCGAGAUGGCAUGAACACGACAAGUCUGGAAUACAUCAUUUGCCAACAAAACAACCAUAGUCCUCUUAUUCUCUCUGAAUUCUCCGGCACAGCAGGAGCUCUGUCAAGCGCAAUCCAUAUCAAUCCGUGGGACACCAUUGGUGUUGCAGAGACGAUAAACAAAGCAUUGACAGUAUCGUUGGAGGAGAAGAAGGACCAGCACUUGAAGCUUUACAAACAUGUCACGACAAAUACAGUUUCGGCCUGGGCUAAACAAUUCAUCUCUCGCCUGCUCACCAAUCUGUCCUCGUUCGAUCAAUCAGUGGCAACACCGGCUCUUGAUAGGAUCAAGGUGCUAAAGCAAUACCGUAAAUCUCGGAAGAGGCUUUUCAUGUUCGACUACGAUGGCACGCUCACACCGAUUGUCAAGGACCCCCAAUCUGCGAUUCCAUCGGAUCGUGUUUUGCGAUCGCUCAAAAGCUUGGCCGCCGAUCCACGAAACGCGGUCUGGAUUAUUAGCGGGCGUGACCAGGCCUUUUUGGACGAAUGGAUGGGUCAUAUUCCUGAAUUGGGGUUGAGCGCAGAGCAUGGUUGUUUCAUUCGGAUGCCGCACUCCGACACGUGGCAGAAUCUAGCUGAAACGACUGAUAUGGGGUGGCAAAGGGAGGUCAUGGAAAUCUACCAACACUUCACUGAGCGCACACAGGGCUCGUUUAUCGAAAGAAAAAAGGUAGCUUUGACUUGGCAUUACCGGCGAGCCGAUCCUGAGUAUGGGGCCUUCCAGGCGCGAGAGUGCCGAAAGAAGCUGGAAGAGGACGUAUCCAAGACCUGGGACGUCGAAGUUAUGGCUGGAAAGGCCAACUUGGAGGUCCGACCGAGAUUUGUGAACAAAGGCUUCAUUGCAAAGAGACUCGUGGACGCGUAUGGAACUGGACCGGGAAAGGUCCCCGAGUUCAUUUUCUGCUCUGGAGAUGACUUUACAGAUGAAGAUAUGUUCCGUGCCUUGAAGAAAUUUGAUCUCCCGGCAGAUCAUGUGUACACGGUCACUGUUGGUGCAAGCUCGAAACAAACAGAGGCAGGCUGGCACCUCCUGGAGCCUUCUGAUGUCAUCGAGACGAUCACGAUGCUCAAUAAUAGCAGCUCUUCCACUCCGGAGUAUUAA